AUGGCAGAGGUAGAGAGGAGAAGAUUUGGUAAUCUGGUGACGAAAGUAAAGGAUGUUCAGAGCAAUGCUCUGUACUACCGCCGGUUGUCAUGGUUUCUGUUUGGGGCAGAGAUGCCCAUGCUAACUGGAGGUUGUUUUCUUGAUGACGGGAGACUACUGUUGUCAGAUUAUAACAACAAGAAGCUUAUUCUGUUCGAUGACAGCUAUAACUAUAUAAAACAUAUUUCAGUGGACGGGUGGCCUUAUGACGUCACAAGAGGGAGAGGUGAAGGGGAAAUUUACAUUGUCCUUUGUAAAAGCGUCAUACUGCGAUGUCAUCUUAAUGACGAUGAACUCAUUAUACGCGACAGAAUUCGAGUGCCAGACGACGUUCGGUGUGUGUCGGUACUAGAUGACGUCAUAUUCACAGGAUCACGUUCAGCUGUAUCGAUGAUGACAUUGGAUGGCGUUAUCCUAGAAGCCUUACCCAAGGCUGGUGGUAACACUUACUUAGCAUCGUCAUCACUACACCGGAAGUUCUUUCAUAAAGAUGGCGACAUCAUUUUGUGUCGGACGCUUGACGGGAAUGAGGUGUUUAGGUAUGAAGACAGCCAUCUUAUUGAUCCGAGAGGUAUGUGUUUGGAUCACGAUGACAACCUGUACGUGUGUGGUUACAAAUCUAAAAACCUUAUAAAGAUAACUCAUGAUGGACAGAGAGGGAGGGUCGUGCUUAAUAGACUGCAUAAAAUAUUGAGACCAAUGGCUAUUGUGUAUCAUCCAACGAAACAACAGUUUAUCGUGACGUCAUAUGGAGAGGAUACAGCAUUCGAAGUGUACCAGGUCAGCUGCUGGUGA